CCGAGUGGGUCGGCGGGGCUAGGGCCGAGGGCAGGCGGCAAUGUCUGUGGAGAAAGAGGCUCCGUUCAAGGUUUCACACCCGAGCGCGAAAGUACGGAGUAAGCAGUUUAGGGGGCCGCGGGGACGCAGUAAGGCCCGGGCACGGGGCACUCGGAGCAAGGCCAAGGCCCACGUCCCCAGGCGAUCGCCACCCGAGCCACUCUGCAAGAAGGCGCCAGUGCGAGAGAAAGAGAAGGUGUGGGCGCCCUGGAAUGGGCUCGUCGUGAUUGGAAAGAGAGUGGAACUCUUGGACAGAAACCUGCAAAAGUCUAAACUGUGGGACCCCAAGUUGGAAUCUGAGAACUGGAAGCUGGAAGUUGUGGGGAAGAAGAUCUCGAAAGAGAGAUCGACACAAAGGGUGGACACAAAGCUCCCGAACAAUGUAGGAAGGACAUCACAGGCUCCAGCAAGUUUGGAGGAUGACAGCUCAGAGAUUUGGAGACAGCAGGAGGACAGACCCAAAACUGGAUCUCUAUCUAAGAGUGCAGAGAUGACAGAGUCUGAAGAAAGACUGAAGUCUAAGGACAAGCAGAGGACCAGUGGAGGGGACUUGAGGUCCAGAGGGGAUCAACUGAGGCAGAGUGAGGAGUUGGAGUCAAGUGGAGAGAACUUGAUGUACAAGAGAGAGAAACGGGUGUCCUCGGGAGAGAAGCGGAGGUCUGUUGUAGAGAAAACAGACAGUAGGGAGAAACGGGGUUCCAUCAGAGAGGUGUCGGACAGUGGAGAGAAACGGGGUUCCAUCAGAAAGAAGGCCUCCGACAGUGGAGAGAAACGGGGUUCCAUCAGAGAGGUGUCGGACAGUGGAGAGAAACGGGGUUCCAUCAGAAAGAAGGCCUCCGACAGUGCAGAGAAACGGGGUUCCAUCAGAAAGAAGGCCUCCUACAGUGGAGAGAAACGGGGUUCCAUCAGAGAGGUGUCGGACAGUGGAGAGAAACGGGGUUCCAUUAGAAAGAAGCCCUCCGACAGUGGAGAGAAACGGGGGUCCCUCAGAGAGAAGGUGUCAGACAGUGGAGAGAAACGGGGGUCCCUCAGAGAGAAGGUGUCAGACAGUGGAGAGAAACGGGGGUCCCUCAGAGAGAAGGCCUCCGACAGUGGAGAGAAACGGGGGUCCCUCAGAGAGAAGGCCUCCGACAGUGGAGAGAAACGGGGGUCCCUCAGAGAGAAGGCCUCCGACAGUGGAGAGAAACGGGGGUCCCUCAGAGAGAAGGCCUCCGACAGUGGAGAGAAACGGGGGUCCCUCAGAGAGAAGGCCUCCGACAGUGGAGAGAAACGGGGGUCCCUCAGAGAGAAGGCCUCCGACAGUGGAGAGAGGCGGGGGUCCUCCAAAGAGAAGGUGAGGUCAAGUGAUGAAAAGAGGUUGAGUAGAGAGAAAUUAAGGUCCAGUGGAGAGAAGCUAAGAACUGGUAAAAGUUUGAGAUCCACCGAAGAUAAAGUGGAGUCAAAUAUUGAGAAAGUACAAUCCAGCGAGAUGAAGCUGGAAGAGCAAUCACUAACCGGAAGUGUAAGCGUGGAAGAGCAUUCACUAACAGGAAGUACAACUGAAGAGGCUCCUGAAAGAGUGAUAAAUAUUACUGGUGAUGAAAGUAUGAUGGAAAAUAUGAGUCAGGAAAUGCAAAUUCCUUCUGAAAGUGUAGAAGGGGGAGAUGAAGGAGCAGAGAAAGGGGGGGAAAUUGACAAUGUCGUCUUGGAUGAAAUGGAAGAUACUGCUGAUGAAUCUGUUCCUAUGGAAGAGAAAGACACAACUGGAGACGGCUCCCGGGAAUCAGGUGGAUAAAGAAUUGAAUGUAAAGAAGGAGAUUGGAGAAGUAUUGAAAGUCAAAGAGAAGCUAGAGCAAAGCAAAACUUUGUUGAUCCAGAAAGGGUAAAUAUGAGGGAGGAUUCUGGACCUGAAAGGAGCAUGGGAAUGAGCAGAAUUAUGGGUGUGGAGGCCAAGCUGAUAUCAAUAGAAAGGAAGGGUGGGAAGGAGGAAAAUGGGAACAUUUUAAAGGAGAAAAAAAGAUUGGGAAUGAAUGCUAAGUAGAAGGAAACUGCUUCAAUUUUGAAGAACUGUUGGAGAAAUGAGUCUAGAGUGGGCUGGGUUUGGCAGAUGUACAUGGUCAGGCAUAGGAGAUGUAGGAGGAUGUAAAAAAGCAGAUAAAGGAUGGACACAGAGGGCUGUGGAGAAGCAGCAAACAGGUGAGGUGUCUGAUGCAGACACCACAACCCGAGGGGCUCCUGCAGUGAAGCAGCGGGAAGAGGAGUGACAAUUAAAGUGAAGGAACCGAGAAGCCACUUCCUGCCACGGCAGUUUAGGUUCACUUCAUCCUCACAUCAGAUUUGAAUGCCCAUACUUAAUGUAAAGACCUAUGUCUACCUGAGACCAUCAUUUGAAGAUUCCUCUGGUGACUCUGUGAGCUGAGGUAUUGUCAUCCUUUAAAAGACACUUUCUUGGGCACAAGAUCAAGACAGCAUUUGCCCCUUGUAUGGGAAAUGAACUACACGUCAGGAUAUACAGAUUCUGACCAAAUUAUCAGCUUUCUGUUCUUUGGCUGGAGAACUGAGUGGAUGACUGACCAUGGGGCCCCUGAGUCGUGAAGCCUGGGCCCAGCGCCUGGGGGCUUUCCGAGCCAGCCCAUCCGCCUUCCUGGCAGGUGCCGAAGGUGAGGACUUGGGUCGCGACCUGCUGAGUGACCUAAGGAGUGAAAAGCUAAGCGAGCAGACCAAGGUUUCCUUACUGACACUGAGCUUGGAGUACUCUGACAAACUGUGGCCUGAUGCACCUGCCGCAGAGGCUGCUGCCACCUCCUUGUUGGACACACUUGUCCUCCUGCCCUCAAAACCUUCAGCUCUCCGGAGGCUCCUGCUGUUGGCAGCCACCACAGCCCUGGUGUCGGGAGGUGCUCUGGGACCCACUUCGGGAGCUUCCUGCCGGCUUCUGCCCCUUCUGCUUGGUUUAGCUUCAGGCCGAGACAUGGGACGAAGCUUUGGAACCCCCUCGGAACAGCGCCACCUACAGGCCACAGCGUGUGAAUGCCUGGGAGAGCUUGAGCGCUGUAAGCCAGGGCUGCUGGCUCCCUCCCUGGGGAUGCUGCGUAGCCUCCUAGGGCAAAUGGGUCCCAUCCAGCCUGUCAGCCUGCUGCUGGCCCUUGUUCUGCACAACACCUUGGUGGUACCACCCGGGGCUGGGGCUGGGGCUGGGCUGCAAGGCCUGCUUGUGGCUGGGGUCUCCUCCGUUGGGAGUUGUCCCUGGGACUGGACUCUAGCUGAAGAGCGAGAUGCCCAUCGUCAGCCCCAGGCACCCAGCUGGUCCACAGCUGAGGAGGAGGCCCAUGGCCUUCCAUUGCUAGAGCCCAGCCCUGAGGAGGCCCGAGAGCUGAAGGCUGCAGUGGCCCAGCUUCUGGACACUUCCUACCUGCUCACUCCUGUGGCUCAGGCUCAGCUUCUGUGGCUGCUGGGCUGGGCCCUUCGCGGUCUUCGGGGUCAGCCACCAGUGCUCUUCAAGCCACAGCUAGUUCGGCUGCUGGGCACAGCGCAGCUGACGCUGUUGCACUCAGUUCUGGCUCUCAAGGCAGCCUUUGGUGAGGCCCUGUUCACUGCUCAGGAUGAAGGCCUGCUGCUCCGCAGGCUGGCCUUGGUGGCCCAGCACCCAGCCUUGCCCUCACCCACACACCUCCUUUACCUGCACUGCAUCCUGAGCUUCCCAGAGAAUUGUCCACUGGGUCCGGAAGGGGAAGAGGCUGCCCCGCUGCUGUUGGGUCCCCAGCUGUGCCGGGGCCUCAUGCCCAGUCUCCUGCACGACCCAAUGGUCCUCUUGGCUCGCCUGCAUUUACUGUGCCUGCUCUGUGCUGAUGCCGAGGAAGAGGAGAAUGGCCAGGUUCAGAGCCCACAGCGGUACCUACAGGAGCUUCUGGCAGGCCUGCAGCAGAGGGCAGCCCUCGAUGAUGGUCCCCAGGCCUUGGCCACUCUCUGUUUCCAGGCCUCAUAUCUCAUUGCCAGCUGCCUAGCUGGGCAACCUACAGUACGGACAUCUCUGAUCCAUGGACUGGCCCAGCUCUACCGAGCUCGGCCCUCCCUGGCUCCCCACUUUGUGGAUCUCUUAGAUCAGGUAAGUCCUGAGCUGAGAGAGCCCCUCAGGGCGGUGCUGCAGCAAGAGGUGGUAGCCAGGCCAGGCAAGAACCAAUCACUUCGCUGGCACCUGCGAAUGCUAGCAAAGGUGGCAGAGGGAGAUGCCCAGAGUGCCACCCUCAGCUUUCUACAGGCUGCAGCCAUACACUGCACUGACUGGGGCCUCCAGCAGGCCCUGCUGCGGGUAUGCCGUGCUCUGCUGCGGACAGGUGGGGGAGCUGGCCUGGCAGACUUGCUGCAGGUACUGGCCAGACGGCUCGAGGAUGCUGAUGGACGGGACCAUGCCCGACUGUACUAUAUCCUCUUUAACCAUCUAUCAAGUCCCAAGUUGGGAAUGGCCCUGGGCCCCUCGCUUGCUGCCCCUGCACUGGCCUCAUCACUGGUGGCUGAGAACCAGGGCUUUGCAUCAACGCUCAUGGUGCAGGAGACUCCAGCUCCAAUUCAGUUGAGUGUGGGGCCUCAGAAGGCCAAAGGCCCACUCCUGGUGCUGCAUCUGCAGGUAGAGGCUCUGGAGGUUCCUGUCUACUCUCUGGAGCUGCGCUUCCGUGUGGAAGGACAGCUCUAUGAGCCUUUGGAGGCUGUCCACAUACCCUGCUUGGGUCCGGGACGGCCCACGCACCCUCUGUGCCUGCCCUUGAAGCCCCGAUGCCCAGCCCCUACCCGCCUCCAUGUCCAGGCCCUUUAUACCACAUCUGCUGGCCUCACGUGCCAUGCCCACCUGCCACCCUUGUCUGUGAACUUUGGUGACCUCUUCCUGCCUUUCCCCCAGCUCCCCAAGGGCUCUGAGCGGUGUUUCUUUGAUGAUCUCUGGAACUCCUGCCUGCCAAAGGGUGUCGAAAGUCAUUUGUGGUGUCCACUUGGGCCACAGGGCCUGGACGCCUUGGUGUCCAGACACCUAGAGCCCUUUGUUGUGGUGGCUCAGCCCCCCACCACCUACCUCAUAGCUGUCCGCCUGCCCCCUGACUCCAUGUUGCUGCUGCGGCUGGAGACCGCUCAGGUGGAUGGUGUGCCUGUGGCCCUGAGGACCGAUAACUGGGCCGUGCUGCCCCUGGCGGGGGACUACCUCCGUGGCCUUGCAGCCCGCUGAGUAAAACCAGGUGGGGCAGAACUUGUUGCUCUUAGGGGGUGGUCCAAGGGACUGCCAAAGGAGCACAUUCUUGUAGCUCCUGCCCCAUAAAAUCACAUUCACUGA